ACAAGCGGUCCAAUCAUAGCAAACAUUGCUUAGGUGAAGGGCGGGACUUAGUGGAAAACGGGUGGGCUCGUACAGCAGCAGCAGUGUGUGUCUGCAGGUGUCAAUAACAACACAUUAAAACACACUCGUUUGUACAAAACUUUUAAGAUUUUAUUUUUCAUAGUUCCAGCCAGAGAAAGGACUAUAAUGCUAAGACGAAUAUUACAGAUGACUCCAGGGAAAGGAGGCUCCCAGAGCUCGGAGUCUGAGCAGCCGUCUGCUGAUAUGAAUAAUGAGUCCUCCGAGGGCUUCAUUUGUCCCCAGUGUAUGAAGUCACAUAACUCUGCUGAGGAGCUCUUCAAACAUUAUGAGGUGUUCCAUGAGCCAGGAGACCAGCCGUCCCCCUUCAGCCCUGGCAGGGAGGAUCUAACCCUUCUUCGACAGGAGGUCCAAGAUUUACAGGCUUCUCUGAAGGAGGAACGCUGGUUUUCUGAGGAAUUGAAAAAAGAAUUAGACAAAGUGCAAGGACAUCUAGCAACUAACAAAGGCUCACAGAGUGAUGGUACUAGUGAAGAGUCAGAGCUUGAGAUAAGGCUCAACAAAUCUGAGACCGAGAAGUUCAACAUCAAACAGAUGAAAGACUUGUUUGAACAGAAAGCUGCCCUGCUCGCAACUGAGAUAGUUGACAUCAAAUCUCGUUAUGAUGAGGAGAAAAGCAUGCGAGAAGCAUUGGAGCAGAGGCUGGCCAGUCUAAACCAAGAUCUGCAAAAAGAGAAACAGGACAAGGAGAAAUUGGCGGCAGAACUGCUCCAGAGGCCUGGAGUGGAAGACGUGGAGGUGUUGAAGAAAGAGCUGGUGCAGGUGCAGACGCUCAUGGAUAACAUGACCCGUGAGAGGGAGGAGGAGUCCGAGCGCCUCAAGAGCCAAUACGAACAGCUGCAGGCCAGCUUCACUACCUCACAGACAACAAUUGGUCAGUUGAAGGCAGAACUGGAGAAGGGUCCUCAGGAGGCAGCGGUCUACACCCAGCAGAUCCACCAAUUACAGAGCAGCAUGAACAACUUCCAGCAGCAGACCCAGCUUUUGACAGAAAAGUUAUCUCGUAAGGAGAAGGAGAGUCAGGAACUUGAAGAGCGUCUGGGUCAGGAACAGGCUUCUAAGAAGAGUCUUCAGGCUAGUCUGCACCAGAAAGACCUGGAGCUCCAGGAGAGCCAAGCCAGGGUGUCAUCAGGAGAGGCAGCCCUGAGUCGGGCCCAGGCUGAACUAACUGAACGUGUGGAGGAGGCGGCACGACUCAGGCGGGAACUCGGCGAGCUGGAGAAGGACCACCAGGAUUUGAAGGCAGAGAGGAAACAACUUCAACAGCAGAGAGAGGAUAAAGAAAACCAGGGCCUGCAGCAGCAAAGUGAGAUCAGCCAGUUGCAUGCAAAGCUGCUGGAAACUGAGCGCCAGUUGGGGGAGCUGCAAGGCCGGCUGAAAGAGCAGAGACAGCUAUCUGGCGAGAAACUCAAAGAUCGGGAGCAGCAGGUGGCAGACUUGCAGCUUAAACUGUCCCGCUUGGAGGAACAGUUAAAGGAGAGCUCUACAAAGUCUACUGACCUGCAGCUUCAGCUGGACAAAUCCAAACAGCAGCACCAAGAGAUACAAACACUUCAACAGAGCACUAAUGGCAAACUUAGAGAAGCGCAGAACGACCUGGAGCAGGUGUUGCGUCAGAUCGGGGACAAGGACCAGAAGAUCCAGAAUCUUGAAGCUCUGCUGCAGAAGAGCAAGGACAGCGUGAGCCAGCUGGAAGCAGAGAGAGAGGAUCUGUGUGCUAAGAUCCAGGCCGGUCAAGGAGAGGCAGCUGUGCUGAACCAACUAAAAGAGAAAAAUCACUCACUACAGGGACAGAUUGCGCAGCUUACCGACAAGCUCAAAAACCAGUCAGAGAGCCACAAACAGGCUCAGGACAACCUUCAUGAGCAGGUGCAGGAGCAGAAGACCCAUCUGCGUUCAGCACAAGACCGCUGCCAGAGCCUAGAGACCACCAUCUCUGAGCUUACCACACAGCUCACAGAGAGCAAAGAGAAGAUUGCCCAGCUAGACACACAGCUAAAAGCCAAGACUGAGAUGCUGUUGUCUGCCGAAGCAGCUAAAAAUGCUCAGAGAGCUGACUUGGAGAACCACCUAGAGACUGCCCAGAAUGCAUUGCAAGAUAAGCAACACGAGUUGAGUAAAUUGCUGACUCAGCUGGAGGAGCAGGGCCGCAGGCUGCAGGAGAAGCAGGAGCACUGCUCUCAGCUGGAGACCAGUCUGAAGGACGGCAGAGACAAUCUGCUGACUGCGGAGCAGAGGAUAGAGACUCUGGAGACCCAAACCAAGAAAGCCGAGGUAGAGUUAACUGAACUCCGCUCUGGAAGGGAACAGGCUCAGAAAGAGCAGCAGAUGCUGAAGCAGCAGAUCAGUGAGCUGGAGAUGAAGACGAAGGAGCUGAACCGUCUUUUAGACUCUGAGAAACAAGGAGCUGCCACACAGCAAGAGGAGCUGAAGAAGAAAACAUCAGCCCUCUCCGAAACAAGACAACAGCUGGAGAAGGCGGAGCAGGAGCGUGGAACCCUGCAGGCGAGCCUGGAUAAACUGUCUCAGGAGGGUCAGAAGCGGCAAGCAGAGCUGGACAAGAAAGUCCAGGGUCUGAGCACAGAUCUUAAGAAAGCUCAGGAGGAGAAGGAAGCUCUGACUAAAGAAAUGGCCACGGUGAAAGAGGCUCUGAGCAAAGCUUCGAAAGCUCUCAAAGAGAGCCAGACUAAAUUAGAGGCAGAGAAGAAGAGCAGCAAGGCCACUAUGGACGAGAAGGAGAAGCUUUAUCAGAAAGCACAGCAAGAGCUUCAGAAAAACACAGAGACUGCUUCUAAAGAGCUCAGCCAUGUCAAAGGUCAACUUGAGAAAUCAAUAGAGGCAGAAAAGGGCCUUCAGUCUCAGCUGACCGCACUGAACACUCAACUGAAGCAGUCUCAAGAUACACUGAAAGAGAAGGAAAACAGUGUACAGCAGCUACAGGCAGAGCUGAAGACCUCACAGGGGUCCUUCAGCCAGGAAGUGAAAAAAAUGAAGGCACAAGUUUCCGAGCUGCAGACUUCCCUCACUACAAAGACUGAAGAGGAGGCAAAGCUGAAGGAGCAGGUGACCGCAUUGUCUAAAGAUCUGAACUCCGAGAAGAAUCGCUGUGCAGAGCUGCAGAAGACCAGCGACGGCACCAAAGAGAGGCUCGCCGCCCUUCAGUCCGAUUACUACGGCAAAGAAUCGGAGCUCUCUGCUGUACGCCAGGACCUCAAGGUGUGUGAGGAGAAGCUGGUUCUAGCUCAGGAGGAGAUGGUGGCCAACAGGAACCAGCUCAGUGCUCACGAAACCCAGAUCCAGGAGCUGAAGACGGGCCGCACAACUUUGGAGAAAGACCUCAGCAAGAGAGAGGAGAAGAUCAAACAGCAGACAGAGGCUCUACAGAAGCUCCAGAAACAACAGGAACAAACUGAGGAGCAUCUGAAGAAGGAGAAGGCUCAAUACGAGGAGCUCAAAGAGUGCCAGAGCGCUCUGGAGAAGGACAAAAACAAACUGACUACUGAUCUUAAAGCUCUUGCUGAGAAGAAUGAGAAGGAGCUGAAGGAGCUCCUGGCAGCGAAGCAACUGUUGCUUCAACAGAAGGUGGAGCAGCAGGGGAAGGUGGAGGCAGCUCAAGCAUCUCUGGAGCAGGAACAGAGAGAGCAUCAGAAGACCAGAGACUCCAUCAAACAAAAACAGCAGCAGCUCAAAGCUGAGACGGACAAGCUACAGCUGCAACUGGCUUCAGAAGUGAAGGCUAAAGAAGAGGUGGAGAAGCAGAGGGAUGAGGCGGAGGUGAGGAUGUCUAUGCAGGUGGCAGCACUGAACGAGAACGUGGCGACGCUGAAGCGGGAGUGGCAGAGCAGCCAGAGGCGGGUGGGCGAGCUGGAGAAACAGACGGAUGAACUGAGAGGGGAGAUCGCUGUUUUGGAGGCCACCGUUCAGAACAACCAGGACGAGAGACGCGCACUUCUGGAGAGGUGUGUCCAGGGUGAGGGUGAGAUCGAGAAGCUUCAGGCGAAGCUGGUGGAGAUGCGCAGGAAGCUGGAUGACACUACAGCCGCCAUGCAGGAGCUUGGCCGGGAGAACCAGUCUUUACAGAUAAAACAGUCGCAGUCUCUCACACGAAAGUGGGCGGAAGAUCACGAGGUGCAGAACUGUAUGGCUUGUGGGAAGGGCUUCUCGGUCACUGUCAGAAAGCACCACUGUCGACACUGCGGCAACAUCUUUUGUGCGGAGUGCUCUGCCCGCAAUGCCAUGACGCCCUCCUCCAAAAAGCCUGUCCGAGUGUGUGACAAUUGCUAUGAUGAGCUCCAGGUCUGAUUGCCCUCCCUCCCAAACCCGUCCCCUGCAGCCCUCUGUGCCCUGCUCACCCUGACCUUUCCCCAGAAAACACGAGCAACCAGGAGAGACCAGCUGAGGGCUGAUGCAGAAGCUGCAGGGGCCACUGAGGAACAGCGUGUCAUGGUGGUCACUUAAUGCUGCCAAUCAGAUAGAGGUUACACUAAAUUAAACCGGCCAGAACGGCUGUCCUCAUCUGUCCAGUGCCUUUGCCACUCAUGGGGCCACUUUCAGACCCAGAGGAUUUAAAAGGGAGGGACCGCUUAAGCAGAUGUAUAAUUUGUAAUAUAAAAAUCAGUUCCUUAUGAAAGUUUUUUGCUAAAGUACAGCAGCUUUGACACUCAGGAUUGAGUUUUACAUUGAUGUCGUCAUAUAAAAGUCUCUAAUGUAACAUUAAGAAAAGGCGGGUGGGAAGGAAUCGGAGUAGAACCAAAGCUGUUCGCAGGGUCCUUAUUUGAUAUCAUAUUUGUAAGUAAAUGUACAGACAAAAGAGGCACAUGUGAAUAAUUCAGAUAUAACUGUCACUCUGUGGAGACUGUAUCAUUUGUCGUUCAGUGUGGGCAUGUUCAUAAGAUAUACGUACAUACUUGCUUUGCUGCUCUUAUGUCUGUUGAAAUGAAACAUUUGAUUGGUUUGUUUUGCAUUUAUAACCUCACCAGUAGAACUUGGUGAAUUAUUUUAAAGAUUUACACGCACGAAUAUGUCUUUUUUGUUUCCUUUUAUCAAUUUGUACAUGCUGGAUGUACAUCUCCUGCUUUUAAGCAAUAACUGUGCAUCAGGUGUGAUUGUUUGUGUGCUAGUAUAUUGAAAAUGAAUGAAAGACCGCUGAUUGUGUUUAGAAUAUCGGCUGCUACAGUUCUCUUCAAUUUGAGCGGAUUCUCUCAUUCAUGGCAAAUCCAAGUUCUCACCAUUUACAAACCUUCCAAACCUGUAUGACAAACUUUGUAUUGCGGAACAGAAAAGUGACAUCCAUUGUAUUUUUGUCCAUACAAAAUAUUCAAAAUAAUCUUUUUUUUCUUAGUUAGAAUAUUGAUAGCCAAAUGAAAAAUUUUCCAUACAAUCGAAGUUAAUGGGAAUUGAAACUCUAUUUAGCGAUAUUCUUCAAAAUAUCUUGUUUAGAGUCUUCUUCAUUCAGCAGAACACAGAAGAUAUUUUGAAGAAUAUUGAAAGCCAAACAAAAGAUUGUCUAUACAAUGGAAGUCAGUGGGAACUGAAACUAUUUACUGACAUUCUUUGAAAAAUCUUCUAAUAAGUCUUGCUUUCUUUGUGCGUUUUGCAGAUUACAAAAGAAGGUAUUUUGAAGAAUGUUGAUGACCGAACUAUUUCAGUUUACUUUGACUUCCAUUCAUUUUUUGUUCAAACAAUAAAAGUCAAUGGAGUUUAAAAGGUAUUCUUCUGGAUCCCAUUGACUUCCACUGUAAGGACAAAAAAAACAGACAUUUUUAAAAAUAUUUUCUUGUCAUACAGGUUUGAAUCGACAUUAAGGUGAAUACAUGACACAAUUUAUAUAUUUUUGGUGAACUAUUCCGUCAUUGUAAGCGCUAAGUGUAGAGCUAAAUGCGAGCGAGUGCAACUAACUUCUGUAAAGUAUGCUUCACUGUAUGCGAUUUAUCCAGUAGCUACGUUUUGGUGUUUUCGCUCUGCUUAAUCGGUUAUAACGCAGCGUUAAUGGCACUGUUUGCGGUUGCAGUGUGAUUCUGGGAAAUUGAUUACUUCCUGUUUGUGUGGAUAGAUGGAUUCAGGUUCAUAACGAUCUGUAGGUAUCCCAGGAAGAAUCAUUAAUGUCUCAGGAUGUUUUGCGCUCAUCACCAUGAUUUUAGAAAACCGAAUAUUAGCCCUUUAACGUGAUUGUGGAUGAAAUGUAUGCUGCUGUCAAGAAGCCCCUCAGUGCCAUAUAACUGGUCAAAACCCUCCAUCUGACAUCACUUCCUGUUUUCUCUAACCAUUAACAAUGCUGUAAUUAUUAGCAAUGUGUCUGUGCACAUUCAGAAGAAAAGCAGGUUGUGCCUCUUGAAAAUAAAGCUAAUUUGUGAGCGCAUAUGCCGAGUGCAUCACUUGUAGGUUUUUGCAUCAGAACUACUCACUACCAGUACCUGAUAUAUGGCUGUCAUGUAUUAUUACUAUUGAUUGGCUCAUAUUUCCAGCAGGGUGUUCCCAUUCAUGUUGUGGUGAUGUGUUUGUGUGCCUUACAGUAUGUCAAGGUUUGUUUCUAUCACUCAGUGCAGACAUGUCUUAACAGGCAAAACCUGUCAAAUACAUGUUCAUUCAUUUAGAAGGAUCCUACGUAUUUGUAAUGUGAAAGCAGUAUCUGAAAUAGAUGGAAGAAAUCAACCAGAAUAUACUAAAUACACAAAAUAAUAAAUCUAAAAAGAAAAAAAAGUUUAAAAUAUCACCUACUGACAGUGAUUUUUAAGGUUAAUUGUUUUGUUUGCUGAAGGUCCCGACUCAAAUGAAGAACAGCUGAACUUCUUCAUUACCUGAGAUGUUUUGCUGUUGUGGGAGAAAAAAUGUUCAGAAGUAUUAUGUGUUCAAAUUUUCCAUCAUGUUUAAGAGUAAAUAAACUAGCUGUUUCUAUUUUC